AUGGAGCCCCGGGCGGCGGCUGAGCCCGAGCCCCCGCCCGCCUCCUCCGCCUCCUCCUCCUUCCAGGCCCGGCUCUGGAAGAACCUGCAGCUGGGGGGCAGCAAGAGCAAAGGCGGCGGGGGCGGGCGAGCGGGGCCCGGCCCCGGGCCGGAGAGCCGCACUGCGGGGACCCCGUCGCCCUCCCCGCCUCCGCCGGGGGGCAAGCGCGACGGGCUGGGAGGCAGCAGGUGGAGCGGCUUCAAGAAGAGAAAGCAGGUGCUGGACAGAGUCUUCUCCUCCUCCCAGCCCAACCUCUGCUGCUCCUCGGCCGAGCCCCUGGAACCGGGCGGCGGCGGCAGCGGCGGCGCGGAGCAAGGGUCCGCCCUGCGCCGCCGGAUCCGGGAGCAUUUGCUCCCGGCUGGGAAGGGGCCCGCGGCAGCGGCCGGAGCGACGCCGCCUGGCGGCCGCUCCCCCGACUCCGCGCCCUCCUCCUCUGCCUCCUCGGUCUCCUCCUCGCCUCAGCCGCCCCCUCGGGGGGAACGGGCAGGCGAUGAGGGCGCCAAGCGGCCGGGCCCCAGAGCCCACCUGUCCCACCAGAAGAGCUCCUCCCUGCCUGGCACUGCCUGCCUGGAGCAGCUUCUGGAGCCUCCGCCGCCUCCGCCCCCUCCUCAACCCACCGCACCCGAGCGGGAGCCCGCCCCGUCCGAGACUGCGACCCCGGAGAAAGGCGAGGAACCACGGGGCAGCGGCCAGAAAAUACUAAACGCUGUUGGAACUAGUAAUGCCGAUCUCCCUUUGGUUGAUCCCGGAAUGUACCAGUUGGAUAUUACAUUAAGAAGGGGUCAGAAUUUAGCUGCCCGAGAUCGUGGAGGGACAAGUGAUCCAUACGUGAAGUUUAAAAUUGGAGGAAAAGAAGUUUUUAGAAGUAAAAUAAUACACAAGAAUCUCAAUCCUGUGUGGGAGGAAAAAGCUUGCAUUCUUAUCGAUCACCCUAGAGAGCCUCUGUAUAUAAAGGUCUUUGAUUAUGACUUUGGACUACAGGAUGAUUUUAUGGGUUCAGCUUUUUUGGAUCUCACAUUAUUGGAGUUAAAAAGACCAACAGAUGUGACUCUAACUCUGAAAGACCCACAUUAUCCUGAUCAUGAUCUGGGAACCAUUUUGCUGUCUGUAAUUCUUACUCCAAAAGAAGGAGAACAGAGGGAUGUGACCAUGCUAAUGAGGAAGAGUUGGAAAAGAUCAAGUAAGGAACUCUCAGAAAAUGAAGUGCUUGGAUCGUAUUUCUCAGUGAAGUCUUUCUGGUGGAGGACCUACAGAACCCCUGCUUUUCCAGCCUUGGGCUUCUCCAGAGCAGAUCUCCAGAAUCCUUGUUGCCAAAAUACAAAAUUUCAGACCCAAAGUUUACGUCUCUCAGACUUGCACAGAAAAUCCCACCUAUGGAGAGGAAUCGUAAGCAUCACUUUGAUAGAAGGGAGAGACCUCAAGGCCAUGGAUUCAAAUGGAUUUAGUGAUCCCUAUGUGAAAUUCCGGCUUGGUCAUCAGAAGUACAAGAGCAAGAUUAUGCCAAAAACAUUGAAUCCUCAGUGGAGGGAACAGUUUGACUUUCAUCUCUAUGAAGAGCGAGGAGGAAUUAUUGAUAUCACUGCAUGGGACAAAGAUGCUGGGAAGAGGGAUGAUUUUAUUGGCAGGUGCCAAAUCGACCUGUCAGCCCUCAGUAGAGAACAGACUCACAAGCUGGAGUUACAGCUGGAAGAGGGUGAAGGACAUCUGGUGUUGCUGGUCACCCUGACAGCCUCCGCUACUGUCAGUAUAUCUGACCUCUCUGUAAACUCCUUGGAGGACCAGAAGGAACGAGAAGCGAUAUUAAAGAGAUAUAGUCCAAUGAGGAUGUUUCACAAUGUAAAAGAUGUAGGAUUUCUCCAGGUGAAAGUCAUCAGAGCAGAAGGGCUGAUGGCAGCUGAUGUCACAGGUAAAAGUGACCCGUUUUGCGUGGUAGAACUGAACAAUGAUAGAUUACUGACCCACACAGUCUACAAAAAUCUCAAUCCUGAAUGGAACAAAGUCUUUACGUUCAAUAUUAAAGAUAUCCACUCAGUCCUUGAAGUGACGGUUUACGAUGAAGACCGAGACCGAAGUGCUGACUUCCUGGGCAAAGUUGCAAUACCGUUGCUGACUAUUCAAAAUGGUGAACAGAAAGCCUACGUCUUGAAAAACAAGCAGCUGACAGGGCCAACAAAGGGGGUCAUCUAUCUUGAAAUAGAUGUGAUUUUUAAUGCUGUGAAAGCCAGCAUCCGAACAUUAAUUCCCAAAGAGCAGAAGUACAUUGAAGAGGAAAACAGACUCUCUAAACAGCUGCUACUCAGAAACUUUAUCCGGAUGAAGCGCUGUGUCAUGGUGCUGGUAAAUGCUGCCUACUACAUUAACAGUUGCUUCGAUUGGGAUUCACCCCCAAGGAGUCUCGCUGCUUUCGUGCUUUUCCUCUUUGUGGUUUGGAACUUUGAGCUCUACAUGAUACCCCUGGUUUUGUUGUUGCUACUGACGUGGAACUACUUCUUGAUAAAAUCAGGGAAAGAUAAUCGGCAACGCGACACGGUAGUGGAGGACAUGCUAGAGGACGAGGAAGAAGAGGAUGACAAAGAUGACAAGGACAGUGAAAAAAAAGGAUUCAUAAAUAAAAUCUAUGCCAUCCAAGAGGUGUGUGUCAGCGUCCAGAACAUCCUUGAUGAAGUGGCAUCCUUUGGAGAGAGGAUAAAAAAUACAUUCAAUUGGACCGUGCCAUUCUUAAGCUGGCUGGCAAUUGCUGCCCUCUGUGUGUUCACAAUCAUCCUGUACUUCAUUCCACUGAGAUACAUUGUCCUUGUCUGGGGCAUCAAUAAAUUUACAAAGAAGCUUCGGAGUCCAUAUGCGAUUGAUAACAAUGAGCUACUUGACUUUCUUUCCAGAGUUCCUUCUGAUGUACAAGUAGUGCAGUACCAAGAAUUGAAACAAGAUCCCAGUCAUAGCCCAUGUAAAAGGAAGAAAAACAAUCUUGGCUAGCCAGCUUCACGCACUGAGGAGACCAGCAGCAUCUGUUUGAGAAAGAUAAAAGAAAAAAAAAGCCCCCAGCCUCAGCAACAUUUCCUUCCUUUAUGUUUUUAUUUAUUUUGUCUU